UCCCGGUCUGCUCUCCGCUCGACGGCCAGCCGGCCCGCUCACCGCCAAAGUGGCACACUCCGCCAGCCCUUUCGAAGCCGCCACCGGUAACAUCUACAACCGGCUGAGCGGCAUACUGCAGCAGAUCGCCUGCUUCAAGAAGUACGUCUUCCCCGGAGAGCAGGCCAUGAGCCGCUUCGUGCUGAGCCGGGAUGUCGGCCAGAUGCACUACAAUGAUCUCCUGCCGUACUCGAAAGAUGGCUUACCCGUGACGAGAGAGUUCCUGCUGAAGGUAGUGGAUGUACUGCUGGAAUACAUCAAGCAGUCGCACGACAGGAACGCCAAGGUGCUGGAGUUUCACCACCCGGCGGAGAUGCGCUCCUUGCUGGACUUGGAGCUGCCCGAUCGCGGCGUCUCUCUUCAGCAGCUCGUAGACGACUGCCAGACCACGCUCAAGUACCAGGUCCGCACAGGCCAUCCUCACUUCUUCAACCAAUUGUCAUGCGGCCUGGAUCUCGUCUCAAUGGCAGGCGAAUGGCUGACAGCUACAGCCAACACCAACAUGUUCACGUACGAGAUAGCUCCCGUGUUCAUCCUCAUGGAGCACGUCGUGCUCGAACGCAUGAGGGAAAUCAUCGGCUGGCGCGGUGGAGAUUCUAUCCUCGCUCCCGGUGGCUCUAUAUCCAACUUGUACGCGUUUCUGGCGGCCAGGCAUCGAAUGUUCCCAGGCUACAAAGAGAAAGGGCUGCAUUCCAUCAACGGUCAACUUGUCAUGUACACCUCAGAUCAGUGCCACUACUCAGUGAAGAGCUGCGCAGCGGUGUGCGGGCUGGGAACCGACAACUGCGUCCUAGUCCCGUCUGAUGACAAAGGCCGAAUGAUUCCAUCAGAGCUGGAGCGUCUCAUUGUAGAGCGGAAGAUGAGAGGCCAGAUACCGUUCUUUGUGAAUGCGACAGCUGGAACAACAGUCCUUGGCUCUUUCGACCCUAUCGAACCGAUUGCUGAUAUCUGCCAGAAGUACAAACUGUGGUUACAUAUUGACGCGGCGUGGGGAGGAGGCUUGCUGAUGUCUAGAAAAUACCGCCAUCCGAGAUUCACAGGUGUCGAGAGGGCCGAUUCUGUGACAUGGAAUCCUCAUAAAUUGAUGGGAGCUUUACUUCAGUGCUCUACGGUCCAUUUCAGAGAAGAGGGAAUACUCAUCAGCUGCAACCAGAUGAGCGCUGAGUAUUUGUUCAUGCAAGACAAGCUGUAUGACGUCCAGUACGACACAGGUGACAAGGUGAUCCAGUGUGGCCGCCACAACGAUAUCUUCAAGCUCUGGUUGCAGUGGAGAGCUAAGGGAACUGAAGGCUUUGAAAGGAUGAUGGAUAGACUAAUGGAGCUAUCGCAGUAUAUGGUACGUCGCAUCAAAUCUAUGCCAGAGAAAUUUUACUUGAUAAUGGAACCGGAAAUGGUGAACGUCUGCUUCUGGUACGUGCCGACUCGAAUGCGAUCCAUGACACACGAUCGCGAGCGGGAGAAGUUGUUGGGUCAGAUUACGCCACUUCUCAAGGGGCGAAUGAUGAUGGCUGGUACGCUGAUGGUUGGCUACCAACCAUUGGACGAAAGACCCAACUUCUUCCGCAACAUUAUAUCCAGCGCUGCAGUCACCGAAGCUGACGUUGAUUUCCUGUUGUCUGAGAUGGAUAGAUUGGGACACGAUUUAUAAGCCAACAGGCAGCACCUGGAGCACAAAAUCAGCGUGUAAUGAAGCAAGAAGAGUUAACUACAUGCCAUUAACCAAUUACAAAAAGAGAAGAACAUAUUUUCAUAGAGACUGAAACUGAACAACUUGUAUUCAGUACAACAUAGCCAGAUGGUAGCUGCUAGCAUGAUUGGGUAAGAACUCAUUAGAAAUAAACUGUGGUGAGUAAUAUGUGAGCUAUUAAAAUUUUCCCUCAAGGAAUGUAUCACUGUAAUCUCAACAUCAGGGAGAAAUAUCAGUUUAUUUUAUGUUUUCAUAAGUGUUAAUAUUAAUUGAUGUUGUAAUGUUGAAAAUAAAUAAUGAUAACAGUUGAAAGAAUAUUGUGUAUGGUAGUAUUUGUGGCAUAUAUAUAGCUUUAUGUGUGGACACAUUCAGAUUAACCUGUAACAUUAUACUUGUUCAGCCAAAUGGCAAACAUGUUCAUCCAUGCUAGCUGUAUAUAAAUUAACAAUUGUCAGAUUAAAGACAUUCUACGCUGGUACGACAAUACCUAUAUUACAAUAGUAGCCAUUUUGUUACAUAAUUAAGAAUUGUUUCUGUAAAUAAUUAUUAAUAUAAAUGCUACUGUCCCAGAAAUGAUUUUGUGAUCAAGGAUAAAUAAUCAUAAAAUGUGUGUGCAAUGCAUGUAUGUUUUACAUACCAUCAUGGUAACAGUAGUAUUUAAUAGAGGCUUUUAUAGAACUAAAUUGAGCAUAGAAUUUUAAUACUGUAAUCCAUAAAACUGGCAUUAAUAUGGACCUUUUAUUUCACUGCAAUCAGAAGUACAGAUGAAAAAUCUGGCAGCUUAAAUACAUUUAAGUCCUUAUUUCCAAUUCAAAAAGAGAGUGGCUGUGUUUCCCACUAGAAGCUGACUUUUUUGCUCUUUAUGUUUACUAAUUGUGAAUUGAUUUGGUGCAAAAAAAAUUACCACAACUCCUCUAAUAAAGAAAACCUAAUAUUUGGCAUAAAUUAAUAAAGCAAAACGUCAGAUAUACAAAAGUUUGUGAUCUUCAUUUGAUCUGCAUGGUUCAGUGAUUCUUCACAAGUAAAAUUAUCAGCACACAUUUUGAAUUUGUAUUUAUGCUUUUCAUAAAUAUGUAAUAGAGUCAACUAUUUAAAUGCCUUAGAUAAUCUUUGUUUAAAUGAUUCAGAUAAUUUUUAUAUUAUUAAAGUUAUAUAAUAUAAUUAUGUUAAAAUGAGGCCCUAUAACUGAAUGAUGGCUGGUUUGUGAUAUUUUUAUCUACAAGAAGUGGCUAGAGCCUGUUAAGGUUUGCACUCAUUUCAUAAAUAGGAAAACCUGUGAUGAUGAUCUACCAGUUAAUAUGAGGUACAUUAAAAAUAAACAACAAGAUCACGUGUAUGAAAAAUGAAUAUUAAGUUGCUGUUUAUACUGAAAUCAUUCAUAAACAGGAAGACUGUGAUACAGAAAAUUUGUCAAUAAUACUCAUCUUCUGUGCCAAACCUAUACAUGCAUAUUACGGCCUAAAAUGGCAAUUAAAAAUUAUUGAACAAAUGAUUUUGUCAUUCUUGACAUUUUUAAAUUAUUCUAUAAUACAACUAUCAUGUUGUUAGCAAAUGUAUUCUGUAAUAUGUCAAUAUCAUUGAAGUAGCAAUAACAGAAUUAUUACAAAAAAGAACAUAUUAAAAUGACUGAUUUGAAAUGAUAAAGCAAUAACCAGUGUAUUUCUUUGCAACUGGUGACACUUCAGUUAAUAAAUCGAUAGUAAAAAUUUAUAAUGCAAAUCAAAACUUUUUAUGAUUAGUCAAUUAACAUGGGAAAGGAUUGUAUAGUGUGAGUUUUAAAGAAGUCUCUCAGCAUCUGGAGAUGUCUCACAGAAUUUGCUGUCCUAAAACUAAUUCUCAUUUCAAUAGCGAUGUGCUUUAAGGUCCUAUAACUUUUUUGUAGAUGAAUGUGUGAUUGCUUAACUGUGAUAUUAGUAUAUAUAACAUAAAUGGUCUGCAAAUACAUAAAGUUGUUACCAGAAUAACAGAGGUUAUUUUAGUGUUAUAUUGUAUAUGGUCUUAACAUAGUGUAAUAACUUAUCAAGUUAUAUACCCACUCAAUGUUACUGAUGGAUUCAAAUUCACCGAUGAAGUAAGAUAUAGAAUCUCUGCAGAAAUACAUAUCAGUAAUAAUGUAAUUAUAUUUGAAUAUUUUCUUUUGUUGAAUAUAAUUGGAGUCUUCUGCAUCUGAACUUAAGUCUACUUAUGAACUGAUAUGUUUUUUUUCAUUUUGUUUACUUCCAAGGUGGUUCAUACCAUUUUAUUUGAACUGUUUCAAGAUAAACCGCUCUUAUAAGAUCUCUAAUCAGCAAUAACAGAGCAAACAUACAGCUGAAACUGCGAAACUUUCUAACUGCUGUAGUAUUUUGUUGAAGACAAGGUUCUGAAGUAAAGUGCCAUGUUGACUCUUGGUUGUUACCGAGUUUUAUAGAAUUAGUAUCGCAAAUAACAGCUUACAUAGUGCCAGAUAUGUGCAGGAUUUAAACAACGAGACAGUCUUAAUAAUUCAGCGUUGUGUGAGAAUGAGAAAAUCAUUUCAGAAUCAAUUCUAAAGUAGCAUUUUGUUAACUUAGUAACUAUUGUAAUGACUGUUUAAAAAAUUUCCUGUUGCUUAACAAUAACACAAAAUAGCUGUUCUGUGCACACAUAAUGAUGGUGACAUAGAUCAUCAUUAUACCUUUCCCAUUACAUAAACAACAUUCUAUCACAUAUGAAAAUGUAUGAUAUCCAUUUAUGACCCCUGUAACUUCUCUCGGUCUGUCCAAACAAAUUAAUCAGAAAUAUGAGAAUUCACUCUGUUUAAUGAAUCUACUACCUGUAUAUCAUCACAGUAUUCCAUUAUUGCAGUAUGCCCUGAUGUUUUUCUAAGUGUAUAAGUUAAAGGAUUCAUCAUAAAGUUUUAGCACCAAAAAUGAGAUACUGAUGAGUCAAAUAUCAUGUUACUGAGUAGUACAACUCCUGAAUGAUAUGCAAUGGCAGAACACUCUACGAAAAAUUGAGAAAGUCAUUACACAUUAUUUACAACAAAUUGCACCAAGAUUAAACAUUAUCUAACAUUUUAACCAUAGAUUAUUCGUCUUCAAACAUAAUGAGAAAGAUAGUCAGUACAGACAACUCCUUAUACUUGAAAAGCAAAAGGAGUCAGACUAAUUCUAUAAAAGAAUAAUUUUGUUUGUCCAUGUGGUGUCUACCAUACGAAAUUCAUUUAAGAAACAGUACUGCAAUUUGGUUGCAGAAGUUAGUCAAUUAAGUAGUUUUCAGCAUUGAUUAACUUGUAACAGAUGCACAGUGGAAGUUUCUAUAACCAACGCUUUUGUUGUCAAAUAGAAUAACAUCAGGGUAUCUGCUUUAUCAUCCAACUUCAGUCAUUUAUCUUGUCACUAUAUUGCUGAAAAUGUCAAAAACAUUAUAAAGCUGAUAUAAGCCAGUUAUAAGAAUAUUAUUGGAAAAGUCUCCAAAAAUAAUAAUCUUCUCUAGGAAUAUGGAUCUCAGAAUUUCUUCAGAAGAAAAAAGAAUGUUCUUCCCUUGAAACAAGUGUAUAACGUUUUCAGGCAGGAUAAUUCCACAACUGCUGUACCAGUUGCUGCUUAAGAAGACAUCAACUGAUACACCAGCAGUUUAAUUAGAUGUGUUUUGGGUAGAACUCAUCCUCAGAUCGUCUGAAAACCAGAAAUACAUAGCAAAUAACAGGAAGUGUAACUAUACAAAGAAUGUAAAAGAGUAUAAAACUAGAAGUACUAUCAAAGUUAAACAGCUGAAAUACACACCAUGAACAUUUUGGUGAUCACAUAAGUAAGGACAAUAUGUUAGAAACAAUGAUGUCAUUGCAGACUGACAGGCCAGCUACAGUGCAAUAACCAGGAAGAUAAUUUAAGACAUUAGAGAGGUGAUGAAUACAAGAGUAGUGCCAAUACAGCGUCAAAAACAGAAAUAAUUAUCACUUUUUUUCAUAAGAAUUGUAGUAUACAAAAUCAAACUUUUACUAAACCUUACAACAUGUGAAUAAUAAAAUGAAGAAAGUAAUAGAAAUUUACAGUUACAUAGAAAAUAUCGACGACAAAAAAGACAUAGAUGUAAAAUAACAAACAGAAUAAAAAUUCCAAAAGAAGUACACAGAUCCACACAUUCUCACAAAAUUACACAAAUAAAAUAAGUGAAGGAAAACAGUUUAAUAAGGUACAAUAAAAUAUAAACAAUAGAAGCAAUCAUAGGAUAGGGUAAGGACUCAAACCUUGACAGGAUUAGAUGAAGGAGGCCAUGCGAACAAAAAUCGCUAACAAAUAAAAAAGUUAUGUAUUAAUAAAAAACCAAAGGAACACAAGGGAAAACAAAGAGCACAAUAUAAUUUCCAAAAGCGUUAGGUUAGGUGGCAACGAACACCUCUUCUGUACAUGAGCAUUACUUGAAAUACUUGCUGUCAACGAUGCUGGGUACCUGAAUCCUCAAAAAACACAAAUGACAGAACAUAAAAGUAUAGAAAACAGCUGCUUGGAGGUAGAGAUAUAAGGAAGUGUUUGGAAUUAUAGCCGUAGUAUUUCAGUGAAUAUUUUAAAGAACCUAUUGCGUCUAGAAGACAAUUGCUUCUUCAAAAUUAACGAUGAUUGAUGUGAAAAUUUCUUAUUCCUAUAAUACAUGUAGCGAACGCCAUUUUUUGUCAACCUGUAGUAUCUACAGUCCUCUAUGUUUGUGUAAUAUAAGGUGUCCUUCCUGUGAUAAAUGCCAACCAAGUGCAGAACACUCCAAUAAAAGUAAAUCUGUAGCCAGUCGCCAUUUAUCACAGAUGAGACACCUUAUAUUACACAGAGAUAAAUGACUACAUAUAUUCCUUGUUGAGCCAAAAGGGAGUGUACUAGAUAUAUUAGAGGAAUAAGAAAUUUUUGACACCCACCAUGCAACCCCUCUUUAAAUAUUUGCAAAAUACUGAACCUGUAAUUCCAAGCAUUCACAUGUAUGUCUAUAACUCCAAGCAAAUGUUUCUUUUUCUUAUAAGUUUUUUAUCUCCACUUUUUUGUGGGUUUCGAUUACCUAGCAUCCUUCACAUCUAAUAUUAUCAUAAAGCUCAUCUGCAGAAUGGAUUAUUGUUAUCACUUAAUCCAAUGUUUUUGGAAAGUAUAUCAUGCCCUCUAUUUUCAAUUGCAUUGCUAUGGUCUUUUAUUGUUACAUCAUUUGUUUUCUUUUUUGACGAUUUUUGUUUGCAUGCUCUCCCUCAUCUAAUCUUGCAGUGAUUUGAGCCCUUGCCAUAUGCUAUGAUGUUUUUAUUGUUUCUGUUUUAUUGUACCUUAUUAAAUUGUUUCCCUUCACUUGCUUUAUUUAUGUAAUUUUUUGUUGGUGUUUGCAUCUAUGUAACUGUUCUGGAAUUUUUACUCCAUGCAUUGCCAUUUUACAUCCACGUCUUUUUUGUUAUUGGUAUUUUCUAUGUAACUGUAAAUUACUAUAACUUUACUUAUUUAUAAUUCAUGCCUUGUAAACUUUUGUAAAAAUUUGAUACUGUAUAGAGCAUCUCUAAUGAAAAAGAAAAAAAAAUUCUGCUUUUGACACUAUGUGGCACUACUUUUGUAUUCAUCACUGCCUUCUUGUGGCUUAAAUUGUAUCCUAGUUAUUGCACUGUCAUUGGUCAGUCACCCUGCUGUGACAAGUUUGUUUGUUACAUAUCAUCUUUAUGUACCUGAUUACAAAGAUGUUCAUGGUAUGUAUUUCAUCUGUUUGAUUUUGACAAUUCUUGCAGUUUUAUACCCUUGUGUAUUCUUUGUAUAGUUAAAUUUUCUGUUAUUGUCUAUGUUUUACAGACAAUCCGAUGAUGGGUUCUACCCAAAACACAUAAAAUAAAAACAUUUGUUUGUCAGCUGGUGGUUUAUUACUUAGUGACCAAUACAGCAGUUGUGCAGUUCUCCUACUGAUUAGGAAUAUGGUCGCAAUUUUCCUGCAUACAUUUAUGUCACAACUGCAUGAAGCCCUCUUCGCACCAGGGUAAUGUAUUAAAAAUAUGUGUCAGUGUAAAUAUGUUCAAAUGAAGCACAGCAAAUAUGGGAAGAAGUAGCGAUGGUCAACUCUCACAAAUUUGUCUUCGGUUGUUGAUAUAAUGUAUCUUCAUUAAUUCUGAUGUUUAAUUUCCUCUUGUAAUCACCAAAUAACUAUAGCCUCAGUACCUAUAUCACAGUACAGUUAUACCAUUGUGUACUACACAGCCACUAAAAUUGUAUUAUUGUGAUCAGAAGUUACUCAUACACUACAUGUUCCUGAUAAAAGCUUUGUGUGGUAGAAUAUGUUUUACUGUAGCCUCAGACAGAGAUAGGACACUCAUAAUUCAUCUAGUCUGUGAAUAAAAAUAAUCUACUUCAAGAUCUUAUUUUAGAAAACAGCUGUAUUUUUGUUACUCUUAUAUACGUUUCAAUAUCUGUUAAAAUAGCAUCAAAAUUAAGGGAAGUAUCUUCAUCUUCAAUUUCAAAAAUAAUGUUAAUAUUAAAAAUGACCUUAGUAUUGCAGUUUAUUGAGGCUGGCAUCAUGUAAACCAUGCUGUAAACAGUAAUUUCACAACAAAUCGCUGAGGAAUUUUAUUUUGGAAGAAACAUUGAUUUCCUCCAUUGGCGUUACAUUUAUUAGAGAGUCUAUUUUUAUCACAAAUGAGGAUCUAAUUUGAAUGUCCAUGGCAAUUUCCACAGUGGAAUGCUACAAAAAUAUCAGUUAUGAAAUCACUGUUAUCAUCGAUAGUAAUAUAUGUAGAAAAGGAAUGUUUUCUUGUCUGUUAAAAAAUGUGAAAAUGAAGAAUAUAUAUAUGUAUGUUUCCUGUUAGCUCAAUGUAUUUUUAAUGGAAUGAAAUUCCUGUCAUGUACAUUACAUAACCAACAACCAAUUUUUUGUUUCUUAAGAUUAUUGGUGUACAAUUAUAUAACUAAUGUUAGCACAGUAUUAAAGAGUGGAGAAAUUGUUUGGUGCAUCCCACCAAAGCAAAUUAUCCUCUCGACAACAUUCCAUGUCUUCCACUAGCAACAUGUGGUCAAGUGGCAAUAAUAAUGUGGUUUACCCAUACUGUCAUGAAACCCAUGUCUGCUGAAAAAUGGUUUUACAGUAUAAGUUUUAAGUGUGACAUAUGCAUGCACAUGGGCUAUAUGAGUGUGCCUGUGUGUGUGUCUGUGUAUAUGUCUGUAUUUGAGCGCAUAUGUAAGUGUGUUUGUGUGUGUUUGUUUGCUAGUGUGUAUUUGUUUGUUUGUCUGUGAAGGAAAGAAAGCAAAAAUAUAUUUUAGUAUUUUCAAGUAUGAAUCGUUACUGUUACGAUAUUCAGUGCAAGUGUCAAAAUGAUAUAUUUCAACUGUUGCUAAACAAAAAUAUUUAUUUCUGAUUUGUUUUGCUUCUCUAAAAUAACGGUUUUUUGCUCAAUUACUUUAUUAGGUAGCUGAUCAAUUGAUUUGUGGAAAAAACCUCAGAUAAAAAAAUAUUCUUAUAGGAGGGAAUUUCCAAUAGAGUAGAAUCCAGUUCACAUCUGAUUUCUGACUGGUGCCUACUUAUUUUAAUUUCUAGAUGUGUUUGAUCUGUUAUGUUGAUUUGAGCACAAAUUCAAUAUAAUUUUUGGCUUUGAUAAUAGAGCUAAAAGCAAAUUUUGAAAAAAUUAUCCAGUGUGAUAGUACAUUGGAUUACAUCCUGCUAAUAAAUAAAUUUAACUGUAAAAUUUUCCUUGAUGGUGUAUUUUGAUGUGAGAUAUUAUAGAGCUACUAUUUAAAUACUAUAUUGAUGUAAAUUAUAUUUUAUUGGGUUUGAAAUAUGCUUUCCUAGGUAUAUUUUCAAAUAUAAAAAGAAUGAAGGUGUUCAUAAGUUUGUUAAAAAAUUAGUUAUGAUCUCUGAUUAAUGUUUAAUGUCUUGUAGUGUAAACAACAUAUACGAAAUAAAGUAGAUGUUCAAUGUUA